UCCUUUCUGUCUCUAUGAAAGCCCCAGAGACACUAUCAAAGGCCAUCCAGUCUUUGCAUCCAGGUGAGCUAGUUCAUCAGCUGCCUUACUGAAAUGAGAACCUUCCCCACUUUGGGGAGGACUGCUUCGUCCCCUUUCUGAAUGAUGCAGUGUCAGAGAAAAAACACUGGCCCGGCUUCAGAAAUACCUGGUUUGGAGUCCUAGCAAUGCCACAUGCUAUUUGUGUGACCUUAGUUGGGAAGACAUCUUUGAUCACGCGGUUCAUGUAUGACAGCUUUGACAAUACAUACCAGGCAACCAUUGGGAUUGACUUCUUAUCAAAAACUAUGUAUUUGGAGGAUCGUACGGUCCGAUUGCAACUUUGGGACACCGCUGGACAGGAGAGAUUCCGCAGCCUAAUCCCCAGUUACAUCCGGGACUCCACUGUGGCGGUGGUGGUAUAUGACAUCACAAAUCUCAACUCCUUCCAACAGACCUCCAAGUGGAUUGAUGAUGUAAGGACAGAAAGAGGAAGUGAUGUCAUCAUCAUGCUGGUGGGCAACAAAACAGACCUAGCAGAUAAGAGGCAGAUAACAAUUGAAGAAGGAGAACAGCGCGCCAAAGAACUGAGUGUCAUGUUCAUUGAAACCAGUGCCAAGACAGGAUACAAUGUAAAGCAGCUAUUCCGGCGUGUGGCAUCAGCUCUCCCUGGAAUGGAGAACGUUCAGGAGAAAAGCAAAGAAGGGAUGAUUGACAUCAAGUUGGACAAACCACAAGAACCCCCAGCUAGCGAAGGUGGAUGCUCCUGCUAAUACAGAGCCCUGGAUUGGUCAGCUUCAUUUGACACUACCCGCUUCUUCUGUUGCUUCCUAUUGGUUAGCUUCCUAAAAGAAAAAAAAAGUUUAUCAAGA